CAACGUCACACUUUCACAUUCAAACUUGUUUGCUAAAGAGAAAGCGAUCAAUCCUCACAGUAAUUUUAGGUUGAAAAUGAGACAGUCGGUACUAUUACUGUCUCUGUUUUGUCUCAUUCAUUCUUCAAGUGCAUUUGUGUGCUCUAAAUCACCAAAAAACAAUGCAGAAGUUCUCCAGAUUCACCUUGUGCCACACACACAUGACGAUGUAGGAUGGUUGAAAACUGUGGAUCAGUAUUAUUAUGGUUCGAACAACAGCAUUCAAAACGCCGGUGUACAGUACAUUCUAGAUUCAUUGAUACCCGAGUUGGAAGCGAACCCUUUGAGACGUUUCAUUUACGUCGAAAUGGCUUUUUUUAAGCGUUGGUGGGACCAACAAACACCAGCAAUGCAGGCAAGAGUAAAAGGACUUGUACAGAGAGGACAAUUGGAGUUUAUAAAUGGCGGUUGGUGUAUGAAUGAUGAAGCAGGAACACACUACAACGCAAUUAUAGAUCAAAUGACAUUAGGUUUGCAAUUCAUCGAAGAAACUUUCGGCUCGCAGGCACGACCAAGAGUGGCUUGGCAUAUUGAUCCGUUCGGACAUUCGGCCGCGCAGGCUUCCUUGUUUGCGCAAAUGUCCUUUGAAGGAUUCUUCUUCGCUCGCAUCCAUUAUGCGGAUAUGGAGAAGAGAGUAAAAGAGCAACGAAUGGAGAUGAUAUGGCGGGGUAGUCACAGCCUUGGCGACGCAAGUGAUAUUUUCACUGGCGUCUUGUAUAAAGGCUACGGACCACCUUCAACAUUUUGUUUUGACAUCCUUUGCAAUGAUCCACCGAUGAAAGACGAUCCGCGUCUCUUCGACUUCAACGUGAAAGAAAGAGUGGAAUUAUUUAUCAACAAGUCUUGUGAGCAAGCAUCACAUUAUAAAUCAGGUCACAUCAUGCUUACAAUGGGUGGUGAUUUCAACUAUCAAAAUGCUCACACGUGGUUCAAAAAUAUGGACAAACUCAUUGCUUAUGUCAAUCACGACGGAAGAGUGAACGCGUUCUACUCGACGCCUACUAAAUAUCUGGACGCCAUCAAAAACAUGAAAGUUGAAGUAAAAACUGACGACUUCUUUCCGCUUGCAGAUUGUCCCCAUUGUUAUUGGAGUGGUUUUUUUACAAGUAGACCCGCGUUGAAAAGUUAUGCUCGAAAGAGCAACAACGUCCUGCAGGUCUGCAAGCAAUUAGAGGUACUGGGAAAACUAGGCGAGUCCGAUCCUAAUUCACAGAGAUUGAAGGAGGCAAUGGGUUUGGUAAAUCACCAUGAUGCUAUUACUGGUACAGAGAGACAACACGUGGCAUUUGAUUACGCAAAACGUCUUUCAAUGGGAGCUGCUGACUGUAAGAUGGUCAUAAGUACAGCUUUGAAGAAUAUCGUCAGCAGAGAAAGGGGAACAGAAUUCCAGUACGGUUUUUGCGACUAUUUGAACAUCAGCGCUUGUCCAAUAACAGAAACAUCGACGACGUUCAGCGUCAUCGUAUACAACCCCAUUGCAAGGUUCGUGGACUUCUAUAUCCGAGUACCAGUCUCGAGCAAUACUUUUGAAGUUUUCGAUCCGAAGGGAAAACCAGUUCCGUCGACCAUACAAAAAGUAUCAAAAGAAACCGUAUUUGUUCGUGGUGAUCUAGGGAAGGCUGGGUACGAAUUGACCUUUCCCGCGAAAAAUCUUCCUCCACUUGGUGUAGCGGUCUUCUUUGUGAAUAAAACCGUAUCUAACAGUGUUUACCCACAGAAGAAUCAAGAAGAGAUGACUAAAGAGAAUCUUAUGAAGUCCCAAAAUGAUUACACGAUAUCAAACGAACAUCUCCAAUUGACAUUUGAUAUUGAAUCGGGACGUCUGUCGAAGAUAGACAAUCUCGUCUCGAAAAUAAGUCUGCCCGUGGAUCAAGCAUUUUUCUGGUACAAUGCAAGUGUAGGCAAUGAUGUAAGUUUUCAGGCUUCGGGAGCUUAUAUCUUUCGACCAAAUUCGAGUACAGCGUUCAACGUCAGCGCAAACAAUCAAGCGAAGGUGAGUUUUUUAAAAAGCGAUAUUCUACAGCAAGUUCAUCAAGUAUUUUCACCAUGGAUGAGUCAGACCAUUCGACUAUACGCCAACAAACCAUACGCAGAAUUUGAAUAUACUGUUGGACCAAUCGAAUUGGCACCUAAUCCGUAUAUCGGAAAAGAAAUCAUUUCAAGAUUUGACACUAAUUUAAAGACCAACGGUGUCUUUUAUACUGAUGCAAACGGCAGAGAAAUGCAGUUAAGGAAACGAAAUCACCGCCCGACAUGGGAAUAUAAAAACACAGAACCUGUAGCCGGGAACUAUUAUCCGAUCAACAGUCGUGCUUACAUCAAAGAUGCAUCUGGUUUACAGCUGACCGUUAUGACUGACCACUCAGUUGGUGGAUCAAGCAUCAAAGAUGGAUCUUUAGAAAUGAUGAUACAUCGUCGUUUGCUACACGACGACGCCAGGGGGGUUGGGCAGCCUUUAGACGAACCGGGGAGAGACGGCCAUGGUCUAAUAGUGCGAGGGAAAUUUUUAGUCUUGCUUGAGCCCGCAAAAUCAUCCGCAAAAUUCCAUCGCACUGUGGGUGAGGAAGAACUGUUGCGCCCAUCACUAGCAUUCUCGACGGUCAGCGGUCAAUCAUUUUCGAUUAGUGGUUUAACGCGAUCGUUGCCAAGAAACGUACAUCUUUUAACUCUGGAGCGAUUUGGUAAAUCAGUAUUGUUGCGUCUAGAACAUCAGUUUGCUGUAGACGAAGACGAGGAAUUGUCGAAAAACGUAACAGUAAAGUUGAAAGGUUUGUUUAAAGAUCUUAAAAUUCUGGAGGUGACAGAGCUUAACCUUAGUGCAAACCUUGUGAAAAGUCAACUUGGUCACAUCAAAGGGGACUGGAUCCGAUCCAUGCGCGAGAAUAGGAUAUUGUUGAGGGAAGAUGAUUUUGAAGUGAUGUUAAAACCGAUGGAGAUAAAGACAUUUAAAAUCGACAUUCAGUAAAUCUCAUGAUUGAAACAAAGAAAUAUUAACCUAUGAACAAUUAUCAAUUCAAAGGACAAAUUGUAGAUGUUAUCUAAAGGGGAAUUUUGAUUAAAAUGAUGCAGCAAUGGUUUGUCCAGCAACAACAA